CUCACGUGAGUCCAUCAUGGCUUCUGUGUGUGUGUGUGUGUGUGUGUCUUAGAGCUGUUGGGCGUGGACGACGUUGAGACGUUGCUGGAAGCUACAGGGUGUUCGGCAGAGCUCAAGAGACCUGUGUGCAAAAGUAACUGCCUUUCAGAGCGCUACCGCACCAUCACGGGCCAUUGCAACAACAGGUACUCACUGAAUAUUGCAGCAGCAAAGACAAAAAACACAGCAAUAAGAGCUAUACACUCACCGGCUCACUCACUUUAAUAGGAACAUCUGAAGACCUGCUUAGUCGUGCAGUUAUCUAAUCAGAUAAUCAUGUGGCAGAAGCGCAAUACAUACAGUCAUACAGAUAAUACCGUCAAAAGCUUCAGUUAUUGUUCGCAUCAGACAUCAGAAAUGGGAACAAAAUGGGAUCUGGCAUGGUUUUUGGUGCUGGUUGGAGUAUUUCAGAAACUGUUGCUCUCCUAGGAUUUUCAUACACGACUGUAAAGUCUGUAAAGUUUACACAGAAUGGUAUGAUAAGCAAAACAUCUAGUGAGUGACAGUUCUGUGGGCGGAAACGCCUUGCUGAUGAUAGAGGUCGGAUUGGUUCAAGCUGACGGGUAGGCUACGGUAAAUCAAAUACCUACUCUUUACAACCCUCAUGAGCAGAAAAGCAUCUCGGAACAGACAACCUGCCGAACCUCGAGGUGGAUGCGAUACAGUGCAGCAGCAGCAGAAGACCACUUCAGGUUCCAGUCCUGUCAGCUAAUAACAGGAAUCUGAACAGGAAGCCUCACUGAAACCGGGCAGUUUACAGAUUACAAAAAAAACAUCACCUGGUCCAGCUGUCCAGUGAGCGUGUUCCCACUUUAGCCUCGGAUUCCAAAUAGGUGUUCGUAUUAAAGUGGCCGGUGAGUGUAUAUGCGGUUAAACACCUUUAACACCAGUUGUGUGAUGGGUCUUUACUGCAGACAGAAUCCACUGCUGGGGGCAGCGAACACUCCGUAUGCUCGCUGGCUUCCACCAGCAUAUGAAGAUUUUCCCGGCACACCCAGAGGCUGGAACCCCCAGCACACCUACAGUAACUUUACACUGCCUCCAGUAAGACGUGUUUUAUUAGUAUAUAGACUGCACAGUUGUAUGGAAACACUUAGAGUUCGCGUCGUGUCGCAGGAGGUGUUGUACACCCAGAACGAGAAGAUCUCUUUGGAUUUGUCUCUGUCUCACCUACUGGUCGAGUGGGGGCAGUGGAUUGACCAUGAUCUGUCACUGACACCUCAGAGCCCCAGUACGGCCUCGUUCAAGACCGGGGCAGACUGCACCCGUACCUGCAGCAGAGACACACCAUGUUUCCCCAUACAGAUCCCUCUCUCGGACCCCCGUCGUGGUGUUCAGAGCUGCAUGCCAUUUUUCCGCUCGGCUCCCAGCUGUGUAGAUGCCUCUAUCGUGUGCCGUCACCGAGAGCAGCUGAAUGCCAUCACAGCCUUCGUAGAUGCCAGUAUGGUCUAUGGCAGUUCAGACGAGCUCGCUCGCUCUCUGCGUAAUCUGUCCUCUUCUCUUGGCUUACUCACACACAACCAGCUGCAUUCAGACCAGGGACUCGCCUACCUCCCAUACCUGCCCCGCACACACACCCAACUGGACCCGUGUGCACCACGACAAGACUCCAACACAGGAAAGAACACAACGUCUAUGGGCAACUUGACCUUCUGCUAUCUGGCAGGUGAUUCUCGGGCUAAUGAGCACUUGGGAAUGAUUGCUCUCCACACACUGUUUCUGAGAGAGCAUAAUCGAUUAGCCAAGGAGCUGCACAUGCUCAACCCCCACUGGAGCCCAGAUACACUGUACCAAGAGGCCAGGAAAAUCCUUGGAGCUGUCCAUCAGGUCCUGACAUGGGAUCACUACUUGCCACGUGUCCUGGGGCACGGAGCAUAUGCCAAACUCAUGCCCCCCUAUCAGGGUUAUGACCCUGAGGUCGACCCCAGCAUUACCAACGGCUUCUCCACCGCUGCCUUCCGCUUUGCCCAUGUGACCGUACAACCCGUUGUGAACCGACUCGGACCUGGAUAUCACCUCGACCCUAAACAUCCACCACUGCCUUUACACCACUCGCUGUUUGCCUCCUGGAGGGUGGUAGAAGAAGGUGGUAUAGAUCCAGUGCUGCGGGGUUUGUUGUUAUCCCCAGCCAAGCUCCAGGCUCCUGAGCAGAUGAUGGUGGAGGAGUUGACUGAAAGACUGUUCCAGGCUCACGGCGGGCUGCCGCUGGACCUCGGGGCUCUGAAUUUGCAGAGGGGGCGUGAUCAUGGCCUGCCUGGUUACGGUGCAUGGCGAGAGUUUUGUGGCCUUUCCGUCCCUGCAAACGAAUCUGAUUUAAUAGAAAUUCUGGAGAACGUAGGCUUGGUGCGCAAGCUGCUGGCUCUGUAUGCUACAGUCUGGAACAUUGACGUGUGGGUGGGUGCUAUCUCAGAGCCUGCACUGUCUGGAGGGAGAGUUGGGCCUCUGCUAGCCUGUCUGAUAGCCAAACAGUUCCGCGCACUCCGCGAUGGAGACAGGUUCUGGUGGGAGCGAGAGGGUGUAUUCAGCACUGCUCAGAGACGCUCACUGCGUACGGUAUCUCUCUCUCGCAUCAUUUGUGACAACACGCACAUCUGCCUGGUGCCCUCGGACCCGUUUGUACGGACGCUCCGGCCUGACAAGCUCCUACCCUGCACACACACAAACAUCACACACCUUAAUCUCUCUGCAUGGAAGGAGCCAGACACUGGUAGGAGAAACAGACAGCAUGUACUCUUCAUUGUUAUACAUAGAGAUUUCCAGUCACGGAUACAAAAACGCUCAAACGUUGUUUCUUCAGACCCAGUGUGUGGCUCCAUUCCGCGGCUGAAAGUGGGUUUCUCCGUGCUGUGCGAUUCUGCAGUGCUGUACCAGUGUCCAUCUGGCUAUCUGCUUCACGGGGCCGCUCACAUCACCUGUGAUCCAAACACACGCCUGUGGACUCCACACCCACCCACCUGUCAAGCUUUUACCCCUCACCUCUUCCCUGCCAGCAUUGAGCAUUUUGUGGCUGUGGGUCUGAAUCAGACAUCAUCUGUGAUGACUGUGCAUCAUUCCGAUGUCAACACGGUGUGCUCAGCUUAG